CUAUAAAUAUACAGACGACGGAAUAUAAAAGAGGGAGAGGGAGAGAGAGAGAGAGAGAGAAGAAUAGCAUUUCCCUACGGUAAGACUUUUCCUCGGCCAUCCUCUUCUCCAUCCCUCCGAUCCCCGAGAAUUCGUUCUUUCUAAUUUAUACAUCGAUCUUUCUCGUUAUCAUUUCAACUGGCUCGUAAAUUAUAUAUAUAAUAUACUAUUAAUAUUUACAAAAAGAGAAAGAAAGAGGGGGAGAGAGAGGUGUAUGGUUUUUUGAGCGGAAAUGGGGAUGAUUUCGAGGGGAGUGAUGCCUGUCUGCGGGAGUUUGUGCUUUUUUUGCCCGGCCUUGAGCACCAGAUCUAGGCAUCCCGUCAAACGUUACAAGAAAUUUCUCGCCGAUAUCUUUCCUCGAUCUCCGGACGAACAACCUAAUGAACGAAUGAUUGGUAAACUAUGUGAAUAUGCUUCCAAGAAUCCUCUUCGUAUUCCAAAAAUAACAAGUGCAUUGGAGCAGAAAUUUUACAAGGAUUUGCGAACUGAACAAUUUCAUUCUGUAAAAGUCAUUAUGCUUGUCUACAAGAAGUUGAUUAUUUCUUGUAAGGAGCAAAUGCCAUUAUUUGCAAGUAGCUUUCUUACCAUUAUACAAGUCCUGCUAGACCAAACAAGAAUGGAUGAUACUCGUGUGCUGGGAUGCCAAGCUCUUUCAGUUUUCGUGAAUAAUCAGAGGGACGGUACUUAUAUGUUCAACUUAGAUGGGUUGAUUCCAAAACUUUGUCUUUUAGCUCAAGAAAUGGGUGAGGACGGCAGGGUUCACCAUUUGCGUUCUGCUGGUCUUCAAACCCUCUCGUCAGUGGUUUGGUUCAUGGGAGAGUUCUCUCAUGUCUCAGCUGAAUUUGAUAAUGUUGUUUCAGCAGUCUUGGAAAAUUACAGAGGUUUAGAAACAUCAGAUGAUAAUAUCGAUGAAAAGCAAGACACACAGAACUCCUCUGUUAAAGACAAUUUCUCUUCCACAGAUGCCAUUACAACACUUUCUUGGAGGAGUAUUGUGACUGAGAAUGGAGAAUUUAAUGUGCCUGUGGAGGAAGCAGAAAAUCCCAAAUUUUGGUCAAGAGUUUGCCUGCAUAAUAUGGCCAAGUUAGCCAAGGAAGCUACAACUGUCCGACGUGUCUUGGAAUCUUUGUUUCGAUUUUUUGAUAAUGAGGAACUGUGGUCUAUCCAGGAUGGGGUAGCUCUUUCUGUCUUGCAGGACAUGCAGUUGAUAAUUGAAAACUGCGGGGAAAACACACAUUUUCUGCUGUCCAUCUUAAUAAAGCAUCUUGAUCACAAGAAUGUUCUGAAGAAGCCCAGUAUGCAGCUACAUAUUGUGCAUGUUGCCACUUCCCUUGCUCAGCAAACAAAGGUUCAGCCUUCUGUGGCUAUAAUUGGUGCAUUAACUGAUAUGACGAGACACCUACGGAAAAGCAUACAUUGCUCACUUGAUGAUUCCAAUCUGGGUGCUGAGGUGAUUGAAUAUAACCAAAAUUUUCGAGCAGCUGUAGAUGAGUGCCUUGUUCAGUUAUCAAAUAAGGUUGGGGAUGCAGGUCCUGUCCUUGAUAUGAUGGCUGUGAUGUUGGAGAACGUGCCAAACAUUACUCUUAUGGCCAGAACCCUGAUUUCUGCAGUUUACCGUACUGCUCAAAUUAUGGCAUCUGUUCCAAAUUUGUCAUACCAAAAUAAGGCUUUUCCCGAGGCAUUGUUUCACCAAUUACUUCUAGCGAUGGUCAAUAGAGACCAUGAAACAAGGGUUGGUGCUCACCGCAUAUUUUCUGUUGUUAUGGUUCCUUCAUCUGUUUGCCCUUGUCUUCCUUCUGCUACGCCUUCUUCAAAAAGGGCCUCUAAUUUGCAGAAGACACUCUCAAGAACUGUAUCUGUAUUUUCUUCUUCGGCUGCACUCUUUCAGAAGUUAGGCACGGAAGGUAAAGAAAAAUCUGUAGACAAUAAGGUUGGAAACAUCAAUGGUAUUUCCAUGCAAGACAGGUUGAGUUCUAAAAAGCACCCUUCAACCAUAAAUGAAAAUGGGACUGUUGGCGUGGACAGUACAAGGCUCCAAAGCCCCAGCAUUGUGAACAGGUUGAAAUCAAGUUACAGCCGAGCUUAUAGUAUAAAGAUAAAUCAACAAUCAAAUACAGUUGAAGAUGAAAAAUCAACAAUUAGUUCAGUUGAAGAUCCAGCUUUACCUCUUCGAUUAAGCAGCCAUCAGAUAACUCUCAUGCUUUCAUCUCUUUGGGCGCAAUCCAUCUCUCCCUUAAAUAUUCCUGAAAACUUUGAAGCAAUUGCUCAUACCUACAGCCUGGUGUUGCUAUUUGCACGAACAAAGAACUCCUGUAAUGAUGCUAUGAUUCGAAGCUUUCAGCUAGCCUUUUCCUUAAGAAGCAUAUCUCUAGAAGGAGGGCCACUGCAGCCAUCACGUCGGAGGUCCCUCUUUAUCCUUGCUACUUCUAUGAUCAUCUUCUCAUCGAAAGCCUACAACAUACCCCCACUUUUCCCUUGUGCUAAAGCUUUGCUUACAGAAAAAACAGUUGAUCCAUUUCUGCGGUUGGUCGAUGAUUGCAAGUUACAGACUACUAAAGUUGAAUUAAAUCCAGCCAAAAUAUAUGGAUCAAAAGAAGAUGAUGAAGAUGCUCUGAAGUCACUUUCAGAAAUACAUUUAGCAGAGAACCAAUCUAAAGAUUCACUUGCAACCAUGAUAGUGAAGUUUCUUGGAAAAUUGUCGGAUCAAGAAUCAUCCAAAAUAAGAAACCAGUUACUUAGCAAUUUCAUCCCUGAUGAUGGAUGUCCAUGUGGAACUAAUCUGUUCAUGGAGACGCCUGCACAAACAUAUGAAUCUGGAUCAGCAGAUAACCGAUCUCCUGAAAAGGUUGAGCCUCCAUUAUUCACAGUAGAUGAUGAUACAAUCAAAGGUCAAACAGGUGCCGAAACAUCUUUGGCACCUGAAACUCAAAAUCUCCUGAGUGUUGAUGAACUUCUUGAUGCUCUUUCAGAGACAGCUCAUCAAGUUGGAAGACAGUCUGUGUCAGCUCCCCCUGACAUGCCUUAUAGUGAAAUGGCAGGGAACUGCGAGGCCCUUCUGGUGGGAAAGCAGCAGAAGAUGUCUGCCGUAAUGAGUGCUCAACAGAAUCGAGAAGGUUUAGUGAGCAUUUCCACAAAGGAGGGGCAACCUCGUUCACAUGCUGAUUCUGGUUCCUUGAAGGCUGAAAAUCCAUUUCUUGACGAUAACAUUGGUACUGUCUCUUUAAAUCAACCUGCUGGCGCUAAUCUGAUGCUUUGUGCAAACGAGCACCAACAUCAGCCCUGCUUUCAGCUUCCUGCAUCAAUCCCAUAUGACAAUUUCCUGAAGGCUGCUGGUUGCUGAUAACCUAGAGAAAGAAGUGAAACUUAGGGUCGUAAUCAGGCUCAAGAUAUGGAUGCACCUCUGUUUGGCCAGGGUCCAACUAAUUUUGUGAUUUUGAUGCCACACCAGGUUGAUAGUUGAUGGCUUCAUUAUCUUCUUGUCUAUUCAUAGAGUGUUUUCAAUCUCAUUUUUUCGUUUGUAUCCAUAAAUUGAUGAGAGCAGUUGGGAUGGCAUUGCAGGGUUGACUUUAAGUGCCCCUUCAUGAGAAUUGUACUUUUACUUGUGUUUCAUUCGAAACCAAGGAAGGUUCGUUCUUGCUUGCAGAUGUAGAGUUAUUUCCCUCUUCCUUUUGACAGAUCAAGGUUAUGUAAAGAUUGUUAAUUGCAAAAAGAAAGAAAGAAAGAAACGCUAAAAUAAAUAAGCAAAUACGUCUUCUAUUCCAUGGAAUUAAA